AUGGGCAACAACCCUUCCAAAGGCGCAUCCGGCGACGCGCCGUCCGGCCACAUUCACAGCGGAGGUGAGCGAAAGGUCGCUCAUCGUCCCUCUCUCAAUGCAAUCUCGACCUCCAAAGCGACUGCAGCUGACCCGUCGGCACCCCGUGAGAUAGCCGCUGGUAACCCCUCCGGCCAGCAACGCCUUCAGUCCCGUAACGCCCCUGGACCUCCAGCCAAAUCCCCCAGAUCUGGGCAGAAUGAACGACGUGCCGAGUUUACACAAAGCAAAGACAUUUCCUCGACAGAUGCCUCUAACCCGGUUCAAGUUCCGACUUCGCGCCAUGCUGCGGGGCGUGAUCCUGUGGCACCAUCAGGCCCACUCCUCAACUCUUACUACAAUGCUUCGACUCAUCUGCAACGACCUCCACGUAUGCCAUUGCCCAUUGGUGAUGCCACCACUACUCCUGGAUCACCGAUAGCUGGACCUGAAGAUUCGCACAUCCAAUCGCUCCCCGCAGACCGAAUUUUGGAUCAGCAGAUGGACGCGGAGGCCGCGAAUCUUAGCAAUGUAACUCUGGACGGAGACGAGCUCGUUGAUGAGCUCCAGCCAUUCGGUGCUGGAAAGGCUGUUCCCACUUUCAUUGAGUGGGCUGGACCCGGUGAGAAGGUUUAUGUUACUGGAACUUUCGUUAAUUGGGAAAAGAAAUUCAAGUUGCAUCGAAGUGAAAAUGGUGGAACCAUGUCAGCAACUCUGAAUCUACGACCUGGAACACACCAUUUGAAGUUCAUUGUCGAUGGUGAAAUGCGCGCUUCAGACACACUUCCUACUGCCGUCGAUUUUACCAACCAUCUAGUGAACUACAUCGAGAUCAGUGCGAACGCUGCCGAUUUCAACCCCGACAUUUCUGCAGGUCCUCAGACCCCCCAAGCACUUCCUGUUGCCAAAGACCAAUCUGAAGAUCCAUCGGACCAGCUCAAGAAGGCAGUAGAGGAGGAAGUUCCUCCUGGUGACUUUGGCGAUGCCAUUCCCCAAUUCCUUGCCGACCUGGACAAAGAAGAAGAUAGCCCAGCUUAUUUGCAGGCCGCCAAUGUCAUUGGGGACACCCCAACCCCACCCAGUCUCCCACUGUUCCUGGGCAAAUCAAUUCUCAACAGUACCACUCCUACGAAAGAUGACAGCAGUGUUCUCAACUACCCGAACCACACUGUUCUGAACCAUCUUGCUACGAGCAGCAUCAAGAACGGUGUCCUUGCCACAAGUGUCACGACCAGAUAUAAGCGCAAGUAUGUCACCUCCAUCCUCUACAAGCCCACCGGUGAUAUCACUGGUUGA